AUGGAACAACCACCUCGAAACACCUGGCCAGGGUCACUUCGGCUUCCAUCUCCUAAUCCAUCCUCAAGGUGUAGUCAGAUAACAAUCUUUGGCGGAGGCACAGCUACAAAUCACCUCGUCGAUGUCUUCACGAACCUGGCUCAGGCCAACAACAGUGUGCUCAACUAUGUCAUCCCUAUCAGUGAUAACGGUGGUAGUUCCAGCGAACUGAUUCGAGUAUUUGGCGGUCCUGGUAUCGGCGAUCUGCGCAGUAGACUUGUCCGCCUGAUCCCAGACAACGGCGACCCAAACUCUGAAGCCGCAUCCAUAAAAGCACUCUUCAACCACCGCUUACCUCUCAACCCCAAGGAAGCACGUCUGGAAUGGCUAGAAAUAGUCGAAUCUCUACAUCCACUAUGGCAUCAAAUCUCCACGCCAAAGAAGGAGCUGAUCCGAAGUUUUUUGAACUUGGUCAAUCAGGAGAUUGUGAAACGCAUGAGACCGAGUUCGAGAUUUGAUUUUUCGUCGGCGAGUAUCGGAAAUUUGUUUUUGACUGGAGCCCGUCUCUUCUCCGGCAGCUUGGAAUCAGCCAUCUACCUCCUCAGCAGCGUCUGCAACGUACCUCCAACAACGACAGUCCUCCCAGCCAUCAACACCAACUUCUCCCACCAUAUCAGUGUCUCUUUAUCCGAUGGCACCCACAUCACAGGCCAAAACAAUAUUUCCCACCCUCUCGCACCCUCCUCAGCUCUCCCCACCACUGCACCCUCAGCCAACACCCUCCGCAAAGAAACCGAAGAACACGACAACGUCGAAGACGCGAACCUCCCCGGUUCCCUCCCCUCCCUGCGCCGUCCAGCGAUAAACUUUUCAAAACUGCAAGAAGAAGAUCUACCCUCUCGCAUAGAGAGACUAUGGUACAUCAACCCCUACGGGCAGGAAAUGUCUUGUCCCGCAAACCCUCGAGUGCUGGACGCACUAUCCAACUCCUCGACAGUAAUAUACUCAAUCGGCUCGCUGUUCACUUCAAUCAUCCCCAGCAUCAUUCUCCGCGGCAUCGGCAAUGCCGUCGCUUCCCCCCACAUGCGCAACAAAAUCUUGUUGCUAAACAGCAGCAUCGAUCGCGAAACCGGUCCUUCGGCAACCCCGUUCUCUGCUAUGGACUUUAUUGCCGCCAUCAGCAAUGCCUGCGCAGAAAGCAGAGGACUGCCUAAACCUUCCACGCACGAGUUUUCGACAUAUGUGACGCACAUCAUCUAUAUAGAGACCAAGGAAGCCCCAAAAGUGGAUAGAGAGGAAUUGGCCAAAGCAGGCAUUGAAGCAAUCAGAUUGUAUGGCUUGAGUGGGAGGUAUGAUGAUAGAGCUUUGGAGCAAGCGUUGAAGAUGGUGUUGGGGAAAGGUGAGCAGCCAAAUGGGUUGAGUAGAAGGAAUACUUUGCAGAGAUAG